UUCACAUAGGACGACAAGGUUUCCGUUCAAGUCUAUAAGUUACGACAGUUUCAUUAUCAAAAGAGUAGAAACAAAUUGACGACAUCAAAACGCUCCGUUUCUGCUUCAAAAACUCAAAAACCCUUCCCUAAAUUUGAAAACCCUCUCGUUAACAACUACUCGCACCAAACCUUUAUCAAAACCUCUCUUUUGUGUAAUGGCUAUUGCCGUGAAACCAACAGCUAGCUUCCUCCACCUAAGGAAACCGGAGACGCAUCUCUUCAUUCGCUUUCCCCCUUACAAAUCCGCCGUCGUUUCAACUAGAAGAAUCGCUGAAAUGGCUGCUCUCACAGUAACCCCGAGCCUUGGUCUGGCUGAAACGUUUUCCAAUCUUAAAAAAGAAGGCAAAGUGGCAUUCAUUCCGUACAUCACCGCUGGCGACCCUGAUCUUUCAACCACAGCAGAAGCCUUGAAAGUGCUGGACUCGUGUGGAUCUGACAUUAUUGAAUUGGGUGUUCCAUAUUCUGAUCCUUUGGCAGAUGGUCCAGUGAUUCAGGCGGCAGCGACCCGUUCCUUGGCAAAAGGGACCAAUUUUGAUGCAGUCAUAUCAAUGUUGAAGGAGGUAAUUCCACAAUUAUCAUCUCCAGUUGCAUUAUUUACAUAUUACAACCCAAUAUUAAAGCGCGGAAUUGAGAAGUUUAUGUCCACUGUAAAAGAUGUUGGUGUACAUGGACUUGUUGUCCCAGACGUACCUCUGGAGGAAACUGAACUUUUGAGAAAGGAGGCUGUGAAGAAUAAUAUUGAAUUGGUACUUCUCACCACACCAACUACUCCAAAAGGAAGAAUGAAAGCCAUUGUGAAAGCAUCAGAGGGAUUUGUGUAUCUUGUAAGCUCAGUUGGUGUUACUGGUGCCCGUGCAUCUGUAAGUGAUCGAGUUCAAACCCUUCUACAGGAGAUAAAAGAGGAAACAACUAAGCCUGUAGCAGUUGGCUUUGGCAUAUCAAAACCUGAGCAUGUGAAACAGGUGGCGGGGUGGGGUGCUGAUGGUGUCAUUGUAGGUAGUGCAAUUGUGAAGGUGUUGGGUGAUGCAAAAUCUCCAGAGGAAGGGUUGAAGGAACUAGAAAAUUUAACCAAAUCUUUGAAGUCUGCGCUUCUUUGAAUACAGUUUUAUGUGAUCAAAUUGAAGAUUGUUACUCUUCUUUGCAACUGUGGCACAAUUGAAAUUGAAUAAGAACACAUUUUUCUUGUUGUUAGCUUCAAAAAUUAUGCAUUGAGGAAAAUUCAUGAGCUUUGCUAUCAUUAUCAAUGGAGAAACCAACUCCAUGGAGUUGUUAUAUUACUGUAAUCAAAUAACUUUAUCUUACUUUA